CGCCCACCUCCAGUGAUUAUUGUUUACAUUGCAAAAAAAGAUCCGAACCGAAUCGAUCCGGAUUGAAGUGAACCGGACAUCACAACUUUCCAGCAGGGGAUCGGAUCGCUUUUUCCUCACCCCGCAGGGACGGCGACGACGAGGAAGGAGGCGGAGGAAGACGACGACUGGAGCCCAACUUUGUUUUGAUCGCCCGGACCUGAAAAGCAUCCCCAGUGAAGAAGCCAACAGGGGUUAACUGACGCCAGCUUUAAAGACAUCAAUUGUACCUGGCGGAGGGGGGAAAAAAACUCUGAGGGUCGCCAUUGUGUGGAGGGGAGAGAGGAGACAUGAUGGAGCUCGGAGACGGGGAUGUAAAUGGGAUCCCCGCCUAGGGAGCACUCACAGGCAGCUUCGGGAUCCCCUCGUCUACCGAGGCCUCCGACAGGGUGGAAACCUCCGUGGUCUACCUUCAGCUCACCGCGCGCCGCCCUCCCCGACAAGCAUCACGCGAGGCCCGAGGCUGUGGAUGCGGCCUACCAGGGACUGACGAGCACCGGGGGAAACAACGGGGGACUGUCCGGAUCAUUAACAGCAACGACAGGCCCGGAGGAGCGGGGGAAGUGCACCAUGAUGGAAGAACUGCACAGCCUGGACCCUCGACGGCAGGAGCUGCUGGAGGCUCGCUUCACCGGGGUCGGCGUUGCCAAGGGCUCAGGCCAGAAUCAGAACGAGUCGUCCAACCAGAGUCUAUGCAGCGUCGGCUCGCUCAGCGACAAAGAACUAGAGACUCCAGAGAAAAGGGCCAACGACCAGAGAGUGCGGAAACGGAAAGCGGACCACUUUGACGGCAGCCAAGGAAAAGCAGGAACAAGAGGACAUAAAAUUAGCGACUAUUUUGAGUUUGCGGGAGGUAGCGGUCCUGGUACCAGCCCUGCAAGGGGGAUCCCGCCAGUGGUCCGCUCUUCCCCCCAACACUCACUCUCCAACCCACCUGUCAUGGUGCAGCAAGGUAGCCCCUCAUCAGUGUGCUCGGCCAACACGGAGCUCUCGUUGUGCGUCCUGAAACCCGUGUCUCUUCACUUGCUCCACAAAGCCACGCAGUCCGACCUUACCAUAGAGAAACUAACCGCAAUGGAGAACAACAAGAACUCCGACCUGGAGAAGAAAGAGGGGCGGAUAGACGAUUUAUUGCGGGCUAACUGUGACCUGAGGAGACAGAUUGACGAGCAGCAGAGGAUGCUGGAGCGCUACAAGGAGCGUUUGAAUAAGUGCGUGACCAUGUCCAAGAAGCUCCUCAUUGAAAAAUCCAAACAGGAGAAGAUGGCGUGCCGUGACAAAAGCAUGCAGGACCGGCUACGACUGGGCCACUUCACCACAGUCAGACACGGCGCGUCUUUCACAGAACAAUGGACAGAUGGCUACGCCUUCCAAAACCUCAUUAAGCAACAAGAGCGGAUCAACUCGCAGCGAGAAGACAUCGAAAGGCAGCGCAAACUGCUGGCCAAGCGCAAGCCUCCUUCUAUGGUCCAGACGCCACUUCCCAGCCUGGAACAAAACAAGCGGAAAAGUAAAGCGAACGGGACCGAGAGUGAAGCGUUAUCACAGGCGGAGUACCAUGAGCAGGAAGAGAUCUUCAAGCUAAGACUGGGCCAUUUAAAGAAGGAGGAGGCUGAGAUCCAGGCAGAGCUGGAGAGGUUGGAGAGAGUCCGUAACCUGCACAUUCGCGAGCUGAAAAGAAUCCACAACGAGGAUAAUUCCCAAUUCAAAGAUCACCCGACGCUAAACGACCGAUACCUACUUCUCCAUUUACUCGGACGUGGAGGUUUUAGUGAAGUUUACAAAGCCUUUGAUUUAACAGAACAAAGGUAUGUGGCGGUCAAAAUCCACCAGCUUAACAAAAACUGGAGGGAUGAGAAGAAGGAGAACUACCACAAACACGCAUGCAGGGAAUAUAGAAUCCACAAAGAGCUGGACCACCCGCGAAUAGUUAAACUCUACGACUACUUCUCGCUCGACACAGACUCGUUCUGCACAGUCCUGGAGUACUGCGAGGGCAACGACUUGGACUUCUACUUGAAGCAGCACAAGCUAAUGUCCGAGAAGGAGGGUCGCUCCAUCAUCAUGCAGAUCGUUAACGCCCUCAAGUACCUCAACGAAAUCAGACCGCCCAUCAUUCACUAUGACCUUAAACCUGGUAACAUCCUCCUGGUGAACGGCACUGCAUGCGGGGAGAUCAAGAUCACCGAUUUCGGCCUGUCCAAGAUCAUGGAUGACGACAGCUACAACUCUGUGGACGGCAUGGAGCUGACGUCGCAGGGAGCCGGCACAUACUGGUAUCUGCCGCCAGAGUGUUUUGUCGUCGGAAAAGAACCGCCCAAAAUCUCCAACAAGGUGGACGUGUGGUCCGUGGGGGUCAUCUUCUAUCAGUGUUUGUACGGCCGCAAGCCUUUUGGCCAUAACCAGUCCCAGCAGGACAUCCUGCAGGAGAACACCAUCCUGAAAGCCACAGACGUGCAGUUCCCGCCAAAGCCGGUCAGCACCCCUGAAGCCAAGGCCUUCAUACGGCGCUGUCUGGUCUACCGAAAGGAGGACCGCAUUGACGUUCACCAGCUCUCCAACGACCCCUUCCUCAUGCCACACAUCCGCAAAUCCGUGGCUUCCUCGGGCAGCGCGGCAAUGGCGGUAGCCUCCACGUCCAGCUCCUCCAACAGCAGCGCCUCCAAUUGAGGCCGCACAGCGCAGACUUGAUAGCGGGAAUGGAGUUAGGGUGGGGGCGGAGCUAUAUUGUCCACACCCCUCACCUACCUUCCCCCAGCAUCCUCCUCAUAGCAUCCCAUCUUGCUGCGAGGGGAGGAUUAGAGGGUGAAGCAUAAAGCGGGUGAGGUGAUUGGGAGACAAAGUCCUCGCCCCGCAGCUUCCAUGUCCACUAGGGGGGUGUCAAAGCCCAGAAAGACUCACAGAAUGAAAAGCAAGGUGGGCUUCAGCUUUUGGGGUUUUUUCUGCUUAAAAAAAGAGAAAAUGCGAAGCUUCAGCUUGGGUGAGACUGCUGUAGAGACGGGUGGGCGUCCGCCGUCCCGCCCCUCGCUCGCAAACCCACGCAUGAGCCCUACUGGUGGACGUCGUUCACCGUCACGCUCAAACGGCAAGGCCGGUUUUAUUGCAUCACAAACACCAGUGCCCCCCCCCUCAAUAAAACACCUGGUACACUUUCUUCCUCCCGGUCAACAGCCCCGGGACCAAAGCUUUGAACUCAACCAGGCGGCGGCGCCGUUGUACCUCAUUUCUGUAGCUUAUCGCGCAGUGGAAGCUACUGAGGACUCCCGAAUGCCGUCCCCUUCAUUUUUUAAGGAAGCAACCAUUUUUUUAUGCAGAAAACUUUUUUUCCCCUCAAGUUGCCUUUUAAUUAGAACUUUACAUUGUUUUUAUCGACCCUCCCGACCUCCCCGUCAUUAACACACAUAUUUAUUUAGGUUUGUUUUAAUUCUUUUUUGGUCGUUUGAGGAAAAAAAGAAGCAAAAGGACCGAUUGACCUUUCAAUACUUUUUUUUUGACGGGGGGGAGAGAAUUCGGCCUGAGCAGAAAGUUACAUGAACCAUUAAAAACUAUUGUUUCAAAUA